AUUUAAUAGAAAUGAAUGCUCAACGAUCUGCACGUUUACCUCCCGAUGUCAAUCGUGUCCUUUUCGUUAGAAAUCUACCUUUUAAAAUCACAACAGAAGAAAUGUACGAAGUAUUUGGAAAAUAUGGAGCCAUUCGACAGAUUCGAGUUGGUAAUGCUCAAGAUACACGAGGAACAGCAUUUGUGAUAUAUGAAGAUAUCUUUGAUGCAAAGAAUGCUUGUGAACAUUUACAAGGUUUCAACAUUCUUGGACGCUAUCUCAUUGUAUUAUAUUAUCAACAAAACAAGAUCACAAAGAAAUUGAAUCUACAAAAGAAAGAAGAAGAACUCAAGGAAAUGAAAGCACGAUAUGGUGUGGACGACGAAUGAUACUUCCUUCUCCUUUUUUGAAUUUCUCCAAUGUAAUCUGUAAAUACUCUUUUCUCUCUUUUUUACCUUAUAUUACCAGUGCAAUAAAAAACUUUCCUAUGUCUGGAUUUCAAAUCUUC